UCGCACUCAAGGCCUACGUUGAUGACCUGGGCCUGUUGGCGGCUGGCUCCACUUUCGAGCUCACUACUGACCACCUCGAGUGUGCCUACCCGCUUGUUUCACACAACGUCGACCUUUGCCUGGCUGCUGACAUCGACAAUCCGACCUCCUCCUUCACCUCUAUACAAAGCAUCUCGAUCUCCCUCGCACUCCUUCUGUCAACAUCACUCCCCCCGGGCUUCCCCCGCACUUCUUAUGCCCUCAGCCUGUCGUCCGCCGGCUUGGUUUCUGGCUGGAUGGUCAACUGUCUUUUAUGCGAGGACUACUGCGUUAUCGAAGACAACCCCACCCCCCAUGCCUGCCGUUGACUUCG